AUGCACAUCACUAGUUUUGACUGAGUAUAGUUGCCGUAAUUAACGAUCCAAGAUGGCCGAACAUCUGCGCAUGCGCACCUUAGAACGCACUAGGGGCGCAUAACGCGUCUUGACACUCAACUCCUAGUUUCAAGUAAAUGUUGAUAACAAACCAAGGUGAUUAUGGCGGACCUCGGUGUCAAAAAGGGAGAUAUAGUCCUGUUGGUAUGGGCUCAACCAUUAUCACCUAUCACCUUAAAAAAGUUUGCAGAGGCACUUAGUACCAUCGUUGGUCCCAAUGGCCGAGUUUCAGUGGAAAACACGGAAAUGCUUAUGCUUUCCUCCUAUGCUGAAUCCUCAUUCGACUGGGUGCUCUCUUGCCUUCUGCCGGACAUCAUUUCUAUCCACAGUUCAGAGACUCUGGCAGAGAUGGCCAGAGUACUUAAACCCGGUGGCAAAGUAGUUCUGGAUGAACCUGUUACAGGAGUUGAAGCAGAGAGUGUGAGGACUGCUGAGAAGCUGAUGUCCGCAAUCAAGUUAUCAGGCUUGGUGGCAGUGGCAGAGGUUAGUAACACACAACUGACUUCAGAGGCUUUGAAGACCCUCCUGACAGCUACGGGUUACCAUGGAAACACGCUGACCAGAGUACGCUUAUCUGCAGCCAAACCGAAUUUUGAAGUUGGAUCGUCCAGUUCAAUAAAGUUAUCAUUUGGGAAAAAUACUCCUCAGCCAGGGAGAUUAGCUCUGGAUCCAAACACCAUCAAAAUGUGGACACUAUCAGCAAACGACAUGAAUGAUGAUGAUGAUGCGGACCUUGUGGAUUCUGAUGCUCUACUUGAUGAAGAAGAUUUAAAGAAGCCAGACCCAGUGUCUCUUAAAGCCCCUAUCUGUGGGGGAGGUGCAAUCAAGAAAAAGAAAGCCUGCAAGAACUGCACAUGUGGCCUGGCUGAGGAACUGGAGGAGAGUAAAGGACAGCAGACAAAUCUUCCAAAGUCCGCCUGUGGAAGUGUUUGAAUGACUAUAGACCUGUCGCACUGACAUCUGUGGUCAUGAAAUCUUUCGAGACGUUAGUGCUGAACCACCUGAAGGAGGUCACGGGCCCCCUGCUUGAUCCCCUCCAGUUUGCCUACCGGGCAAACAGGUCAGUGGAUGAUGCGGUCAACAUGGGACUGCACUACAUCCUGCACCACCUGGACACCCCAGGAACGUACGCCAGGAUCCUGUUCGUGGACUUCAGCUCGGCGUUCAACACCAUCGCUCCUGACAUCCUCCAGCUUCCUGACCAACAGGAGACAGAGUGUGAGGCUGGGAGGCAUCACAUCUGACACCCGGACCACCAAUACUGGAGCCCCUCAGGGGUGAGUCCUCUCCCCACUGCUCUUCUCUCUCUCCACCAAUGAUUUCUCCUCAGGUGACUCUCCUGUGAAGCUCCUGAAGUAUGCAGACGACACCACUCUCAUCGGACUGAUCCAGGACGGUGACAAGACUGCGUACAGACAGGAGGUGGAGCGGCUGGUCCACUGGUGCAGCCAAAACCACCUGGAGCUGAACCAGCUCAAGACCGUGGAGAUGACAGUGGACUUCAGGCGAGACCCUUCACCACUUUUACCCCUCACUAUCCGCAGUGAUACUAUUCUCUCCACAGACACCUUCAAGUUCCUGGGAACCACAAUCUCUCGGGACCUGAAAUGGACCGGCCACAUAGACUCUGUCCGGAAGAAGGCCCAGCAGAGGCUGUACUUCCUGAGACAGCUCAAGAAGUUCAACCUGCCGCGAGAGCUUCUAAAGACCUUCUACACUGCCAUCAUCCAGUCUCUUUUCUGCACCUCCAUCACUGUCUGGUUUGGAUCAGCCUCCAAACAAGACAAGCACAGACUGCAACGGACAAUCAGGACUGCAGAAAAGAUCAUUGGAAUCAACCUCCCAUCUAUCCAAGACUUGUACCUGCCAGGACCAGGAAUCGGGCAAGGAACAUCUCGACAGACCCUUCUCACCCAGGUUGCAGUCUGUUUGAACUACUCCCCUCCGGACGGCGUUAUAGAGCUUGGUACGCCAAAACCAGCAGACACAGAGACAGCUUCUUCCCCCAGGCUGUUGCUCUGAUGAACUCACACCACUCUUAGAGUCUCAGUCAUUACGGUGCAAUAACAUCCUGCUCUCCACACCUUUUUUGAAUUUGUCUACACUGUUUGUACUAUGUGUCCUCUCUGCAUCCAUUGCAGCUUGGUCAUCCUGGAAGAGGGACCUUCUUAUCUGUGGUCUCUUCUCAAGGUUUCUCAUUUCCCCUAGCUGGAGUUUUGAGUUUUUUUUCCUUGCCCUUUUGGGAGUUUAAGAUCGGGGGAUGUUUGACAAUAUGUGCCAUUUUUCACAUGUCCUGAGUGUUGUUAGACACCUAAAUGUUGAACAGAGGGUGUGAUUUACCGAAGUCAAAUUCCUUGUUUGGCACGCUCUAACAUGGCGAAUAAAAACUCUUUAAUCUUG